UCAUCUACGUGGACCAUGCCCACAAACUAUUGUGCACAACCUUAAAAUAGACAAGCUGCCCUUGAUGGAAAAAGGCCAACCAUAGAUGCAUAGAAUACAAGCCAAGGAACCUGGUAUUCUCUUUCCAUUUCAACCACCUCUCUUUUGCAUAUAAAUUUUGUCCACUAGUUUAAAUUGGUUUUAAUAAUAUCAAAGGUGAUAUUUUAUGCUUCAUACAUGCAUACAUUUCCAUCUUCGUUUUCUUUCUGUUGAUUUUUCUUUUAUUAUCUUUUUCUUUUAUCGUUUCUAUCUUUAUUGUUUCUGGUUUCUCCCACACCCAAUUCAUCUAUCACGAUCUAUCUGGUUUCUGGUUUAUAUUUUAUUUGAGUUUCUUCCAACAUUUUGUGGGGUCAGAUCAUCGGAUGAUCUCAUAAUGAUUCAAAGCAAAACUCCUUCAAAGAUGAACACCUAUAAGGUGAAAGGCCUUCUUAAAGGCCUCAGAUAUAUAUCUCAAGUUUUUGAUGAAGAUAAAAAACAAGAAAUACAGAUUGGUGCACCGACAGACGUGAAACACGUGGCUCAUAUUGGAUGUGAUGGACCAUCUGAAGACUCUCCCAGCUGGAUGAGGGAGUUUGGUACACCUGUACAAUGUCAAUCUACUACAUCAUCGCACGCAUCUGAAGCCCCAAGCGAUGGCCAUGAAUGGGUUUCUGAAGAUUCGGGCCAAAAGAUGUCUCGAAGAGAGCGUCAAGACAGGAUAAAAUCCAGACAUCGUCGUCAUCGUUCUGUGGAAAAUGCUCCGGACCCCGAUUCCCAAACCAAACCAAGGCAACCAAGAAGACACCAUACCAGGGGUGCUGAGGGACGGUGUUCCAGGGAUGAGUCACUGCCAGAGGCCCAAAAAAGAACCCGGAAAAAGAAACCUAAGGAUGAAUUGGGUAAGGAGUCAUCUAGAUUGUCGAGGUCUAAUGCAGACGAUUCACAUGAAUCCGGACGCUCGGAUACUGAAAAAUGACAUGAAUGCUAUCUAUUACAUGUGAUUGUCAUGAUUUAGCUUAGACUACAGACACUCUUUUUAAUUUUUGUUAAAACUACAGGCAAUUUUUGUUACUUCCAACAUGAUCAAGUUUCAUUGAA